AUUAAUUCCGUUUUGAAAAAAUUUCUGUCCUUUUCCGCUGUGCGCUGUAUAAACAAGCUGCUUCAAGAUGGGUAAGCGAAAUAAUAUGAUCCCAAAUGGACACUUCCACAAGGAUUGGCAAAGAUUUGUUAAAACUUGGUUCAAUCAACCUGCUCGAAAACUCAGAAGAAAGCAAAAACGUGUUAUGAAAGCUCGGGCUCUGGCUCCUAGGCCUGUAAACCGUAUUAGGCCAGUAGUACACUGUCCAACAUUCCGGUAUCAUACAAAAGUUCGUGCAGGUCGUGGUUUUACUUUAGAAGAAUUAAAAGCUGCCGGAUUUAAUAAAAAUUAUGCCAGAACUAUCGGUAUUCCUGUAGAUCCUAGAAGACGUAAUAAAUCAGUGGAGUCUCUUCAAGUAAAUGCACAAAGAUUGAAGGAAUAUCGAGCAAAACUAAUCCUCUUUCCAAUUAAUGAAAAGAAGCUAAGAAAAGGUGAUGCUACCGAAGAAGAACGCAAAGUUGCUACGCAGUUUAAAGGUGACAUUAUGCCGAUUCGCCAGAAAGCUUCACUUAAAUCUAAAGCUCGUGUUAUUACUGAAGAAGAAAAGAAAUUUUCUGCUUAUAUUACUCUUCGUAAAGCAAGAGCUGAUGCAAGAUUAGUUGGAAUUCGGGCUAAACGUGUUAAAGAUGCUGCAGAAAACCCCGAUGAUGUCACUAAAGUACCUGCAGCUAAAGAAAAGAAAACUAAGAAGUAAACAAAAUUCAAUUUUAACAUUUAUUAUAUAAAUAAAUAAAACGGUAUUUCGUUUACACAAAAA